AUGUCUCCAAUGAGCUCUGGCCUCAUGUGCCUACUUCGGCAGUUGUUUGGCUCGCCACUGGGCCAAUCAAGCGAUGGUGCAGACUUCAAGGGGGGUUUGCCGACUGCCCGGUACGUGCCGAAGAGAUCAAAGGUCUUCCGACUUAACUUCUCGCUAGAAUUAAUUCCGCUCCAGGAUGAUUGCUCCGAUGCCUGGCGCAACACGCGGUGGACAAGAUUUUCUGGAGGCGAAUACAAAGAGAUAAGAACUCAUAUCCCGUCGGGCUCUGCAGUUCACUUGACACGGAGCGGAGCGCGAGCUAUCCCCCUUGUCCCUGCCGCGACGUUCCUAAGAUUUCUCGAGAUCAUGAGUGAUUCAGAAAUUGAGGACCAUCGUCCGAACAGGGCGCCAGAUACACUCUUACCACAUCCUACCGUCGUCCCUGUCCCUACCGCCGCCUUUCACCAUCACCAGUCACCUAUAUCUAACGUGCCUGCGGACGUUCUCUUGCUGAUCUUCCGCGAGAUCAACGAGUCUACCCUGCGGGAGUGGGAGAAAGGGGUACCUUUCCCGGACUCCGUCGCUUCCGUUUGCACUCAAUGGAGGGAUGUCGUGUCCUCCGUGUCCGCGUUCUGGAGCUUCAUACUCAUUGCUGUCGACGAGGCACGACCUACGCCAUUGACGGUUGUCAGCCGCCACCUUUCUCAUUCGAGAAACCAGCUUCUUGACAUCCAAAUUCGUCAGCUUUGCCUUCCAUGGCACCCAAGGCUCUACAGGUCCUCCGAGCAGCCGGAGAAUUGCGAAGACCCCGGGGAGAGGGACCGUGUCGCUGCCGUCAUGAAUCUGAUUAUGCCACAUCAAGGUCGUUUGCAUGACCUUUACUUCAACAUCCUGCACCGCACGUCAAUGCCGCGACCCUACAUGGAUUUCCACGGUACCUUCCCUCGCCUCGAGAACCUGACCAUGAUAUACAACUCCGAAGACGGCCAAGACGACCGACUUGCCCUCCCCAUACGCCCUCUAGACGCCCCUAUUCUAGGGUUUCUCGAUGUGGCUGGCCCCGUUCUGCGCCAGUUCCAUGAGUCAUCGAUGACUUGGCCCUUUCCUGAACUCGGGAUUUUGCUAGUUGGGCCAUACCCGGAAUACCCUCCGUGGCCAGUAGCCGAUUUCGCGGCAUGUCUCCGUAAGAUGACCGAACUUGAAAUGCUCGAAAUGGAAGAUCUAGAACUGGCGCAUUCUGGACCAGACGGCGCCGAUUCGCUCGAUUGGUUGCAGCAUUUGAACAUCGAACGCAUGCGCGGCGAUGUCAUAGGGAAUAUCAAUGCACUCCUCGGCUUUCCUGUAACGGGACACGUGACGUACAACUCAUGUUCGAUCCCGACGUACGUUCGACUAUUCGAUAAGAUGACACGAAGGUGCCAUUUGAUAGACAUGGAGUCGGUGGAUGUCUUGAAUGUCCUCCUCAACGAGAACUAUGAUUUGGAGACGCUCGAGAUUGAAGAAAGCAUAUUCACGGAGGAGAUCAUUGAUGCACUCGCUGAGCCGUCGGACGAAGGCAGCUGGAUGUGUCCCAAUCUGACCAGCAUCACCCUUUCAGGUUACUGCUUCGGCUUCUCCGAUGAGAAGCCAGCACAAACCGCGUUCGUGAAUAUGAUCAAAAUGCGACACACCACGCAUCAUGUCUACACAGAAUCUAUUCGCCUGGGACACGAGGCCAAACUAGGUGUCGUCCCUCUAACCCAUAUCCGGAUCGACAUCUCGGUGUUGGACGAUGACGUCGAGGCGCUCGAUAAAGACGAUUUAGAAUGGCUCGACGCACAUAUCUAUUCCGUGGAAUGGGGAAGCUGGGCCAGAUGGAUGUCGAUGAAUACGGUGAAAGAGAGCAUAAGGAUGGCAAAUGUACGGUGUCAGGACGUCGGUAAACGGAUUGAGAAAGCCAUAGAAACGACCCGCAUGAAGUGCUGCUUCAUCAAGAAGUUGGAAUUCAAACGUUUGCAACAGCGUAAGCUGCAGAUUCACAGCACUUGCGGGAGUCGCUUUGUAGGGCUCGUGUUCCCUUCAACCAUCACCCCGGAACUCAUCAAACCCACAUCGCUGCAGGGGUUCAAAUUGGUUCAAAAUCUUCUUGAUAGCGCGCCAGAUCUGGUGAAUUGCUGUAUGCGAUUGAGACUGUCUGAUUCACGCCCGCAUCCAAAUAUCAUGGCAAACGAGCCAGUCAAUGUAGAAAGCAACAUCUCGAGCACGCUACCUCAUGCAAUGCUUGCGCCCUUCCAGCCACACCGUACAUCCAUCUCAGAUAUGCCAAACGACGUGCUGGUGCUGAUAUUUCACGAGAUAUUCGAGUUCGCUAGGCCUAUGGGACGAUGGAUACGAACCGGAUUGGAGUUCCCAGAGUCAGUUGCAUCUGUCUGCUCCCAGUGGAGAGCAGUCAUGUUCUCGGUGUCCAUAUUCUGGACCGCCAUGCUCAUCACCGUCGACGAUAACCCCACACCGCAGUCUAUCAUUCGCAGAUAUCUUACCCUAUCAAAGGAGCGGCCGCUGGACAUCACCAUUUGUCGAGAUGAGAUGAGCCUCGACCUCUUGAGAGCGCGCGUGUCUGAAGAUCCGGAAUAUCGUGCAAGGCUGGCCGAUCCUGUGGAAAAAUGGCGGAUGGCUGCUGUCAUGGACCUCCUGACUCCGCACCAGGCUCGUUGGGAAAGACUCUAUAUUCACGUCAUGCACAGUCCAGAUGAACGUUUCGCUCCGACGGCCGUGAACAUAGAUGACCCUAUUCUCGAUGAAUGUUUCGCUCCGACGACCGGGAUCAUGGAUGUUCCUAUACUCGAACUGAUGGAGGCUAGCGGUCUCUUUCUACGCCAAAUGUCAGAUACCACAUUCCCCAAUCUCGACGAGCUCACCAUUGAAGAGUACCCACGACACUACCCUCCUUGGACAACGACUGAUCUCAUUACGUGCAUUCGCAAGAUGCCUGCACUCCUUACACUGCGUUUAGACAAUGUCAGCCUCGAAAUCCUUGACGACGAACUUCCCGAUGAUGACCGCGCAUCAAAGCUUGAAACGAUGGACUUCACACACAUGUCGGGCGAUGUACUGGAAAAUCUCAACGCUCUCUUGGACUGGCCUGUACUCGAGGUUGUGGUGUACAACGACUGUUCGAUCCCAAGGCCCGCUGAGCUGUUCCGCGCUUCUCAUUAUGGUGAGAUUAUGUACAUGCAGACGGAGCAGGAUGUUCUCAAUGUCCUGCGAGAUUGGGACGACGAGAAUUGCACGCGUCUUCACAUCACCAACAGUGCAUUCACGGAGAAUAUUAUCAAUGCCCUGUCCGAGCCACAGCCCGAUGGCAGCUGGAUGUGCCCGUACUUGACCGACCUAAACCUUUCCGGCUUCUGCCAGGGCUUCUCGAACUGUGAACCGGCGCAAGUCGCGUUCGUUUACAUGGUCAAGAUCCGUCAUGCGAUGCACGCCAAUAUCGAAUCUGCCGAUUCAGAACACGCGGACUUUGCUGUUUCGUCUCUCGAGGAGAUCAAGGUGAAUGUUGAAGGGAAUGGCCAAGAGGUCAGCACGGAGGCUUUGGAAUGGCUUGAUGCCAAUGUCCCUGUCGUGACAUGGGGUGAUUGGUCCGGGGGAACGCAACAGUUCUCCGAUUCUGCCUCCAGCUCUGAGGAUGCGGAAGACCCAAGUGAAGAAUGA